AUGAGGACGACGCGUCCCGACUGGGUCCCGAUAGCCAGCAUCGAUCGCAUCACGGCCGACUCUCCCGGUCGGUACGCCGGCGGCAGCCACAGCAUCCUGUGCAAGCCCCAGGCCAUGAGGAGCUGGGAGGCGCUCGUCGAACAAGACAGGGACCCGAACGGACGGCCCGAGGCAAAGGAACAGAUGCGCAUGCUCAAGGAGCUGCAGGUAGCAAUCAAAGAAUACCAUGAAGCGCUCGACCUACAGCACCGCAUCUCAAACUUAGCCCGGCCAAAUAAAAGGGUCGUAGGUGCGUACAGGAGCUGGCUCACCAAGCCCACCCGACGCCUGGGAGGGCUGCCGGGUCUCUUCCUCGACGACGAGUCCGAUCUCGUGGCCAUCAAGACCCCAAAGGACCACGACUACUUGUCCGAGUUGCUGCGACGCCAUUGGCCAGCAGCGAGAGUCGAGUCCUAUGACGGCGGCAUCUUCAUCGCCGUGGCGCUGCUGGUCGGCUCAAUCACCGGCUUCCUUUACGUUGACGCGCCCCUGAUAAAGGCGCUCAUGAUUGCCGGCUUCACGGGUCUAUUCGCCAUCAGCCUCGGGCUCAUCAUAAACGCUAGGCGGCCUGAGGUCUUUGCAGCGACUGCAGCAUAUGCCGCCGUGCUGGUGGUGUUUGUCAGCAACCAGGACCGCAGCGACAAGCGCGGGACGUAAGCAGGAGUCAAGUAUUUGGCCUCGGUAUAUAUUCAGGCGAAAGCCGCCAUAGUCGCGCAAGAUACGGAGAGAUGAUGGACGACAAAAUAUUUUGUUGAUACAUCUUCCAUAGCGGGCCCGUUUGCUUCUAUUUUACAACUUGGCCUUGGCCCCGGGCUGCGAGUUGAUCUCGGCAUACAUGCGGCCGAUCUCGCUCCUAAACGCCCUAGCAGUCUGCGGACGCUUCAGCUUGAGACUAUGCGGAAAGGCAGUUGUCAGCAUUGGAUGGAUGAAUCAUAUCAA